ACGUUCGUUGCACUUUUUAUGUUCGUGCGCUAGAAUCCCAGAGAUCGUCAACCUUGCUCUAAAAUCAGUUGGAUUUGUCCUGAUAAGUUUCGAUGGUGUUGUAAAACCGUGCGAGUAGUUUUUAUUAGUUUCAUAAAGUGCCUUAGAAAAUACAAUAAUGUCGCAGUUAAACAAAGAAAACCGAAAAAUAUUCUUGCAACCACCAGUCGCAGUCAACGGUAAACUACAGCUCGGGUCCGGUGGCAGCACAACUGCCGGUACAGUGCCAUCUCGAUCUUUGAAACCAAUAAAUCCGUCCGGUGCUGGUGGUACCGCAGUAGAAUCGUCCAAGCCACAAAGUGUGUUCAAGCUACCACCCCCACCUGUUGCCGCCCCGAGAAAGCCACAGGAACAGCCGAAAGCUGCCACAAAGCCGCAGAUAAGUGUCGCUCAGCCAAAAGACAACCCACAGCAGUUUAAAAUUCCAGCUGCGCCUACAGCGGCAGGUAAACCAAAACCGGAUGUGCAGCAGAGCUCGUCGUCGGCAACGACGACGACAGUUACACAGGCAAAACAGCAGCAAUCCGGAUCCGGUGGCGGUGCUCCCAACAAAGAGAAAAAGAGCUGGACGCUUAGCAACUUCGACAUUGGGCGGCCGUUGGGCCGGGGAAAGUUCGGUAACGUUUAUCUGGCUCGUGAAAAGGAAACCAAAUAUGUGAUCGCCCUCAAGGUGCUCUUCAAGAAGGAGGUCCACGCCCAGGGAAUUGAACAUCAGGUGCGACGUGAAAUUGAGAUCCAAUCCCACCUACGGCACCCGAACAUCCUCCGGAUGUACGGCUACUUCCACGAUGAAACUAGGAUUUAUCUAAUUUUGGAAUACGCCCCCGGUGGAACACUGUUCAGCAAACUGCAAACACAGCCCGGAAACAAAUUCCCUGAAGAACAGUGUGCAAUCUACGUGAACAUGCUGGUGUCGGCCCUGAUCUAUCUCCACGAGCGGAACGUCAUCCAUAGGGAUAUUAAGCCGGAAAACCUGCUAUUGGGUCACGGAGGAGCGCUGAAAAUCGCUGACUUUGGAUGGUCGGUUCACGAGCCAACGUCCACCCGGACUACACUCUGCGGAACGUUGGACUAUCUGUCACCGGAAAUGGUCCAAGGGCAUCCUCACUCGAAAACUGUCGAUCUCUGGAGUCUGGGAGUGUUGGCGUACGAAUUGCUGGUAGGGCGAGCACCGUUCCAUGCCACCAGCUACGAUGAAACCUACAACAAGAUUAUGAAGGCACGCUACGUGAUCCCACCGGAAAUGUCCCGUCCAGCGGCACAUUUGAUUUCGCGGCUCUUGGUCAGACAGCCGGAACAGCGUAUACCGUUAGAGCAGGUAGCCUUCCAUCCUUGGAUUCAGCUGCACGUUGGGUCCAACCAGUCAGCUUGCAAGUAAGCACACGCGGAGAGGAGCGAUAUUUGUUCUAAACAGUAGUAUUUUACGUUCUUUCAAUGCCAUUUUAAGUUGUCCCGUUGUUUAUUGCGGAGUUCUUUAUCUGAUACUUUUAGCUUUUAACUGGUCAAUUAACAAAUUCCUUGGAGAGAAACGACUUAAGAGUGAGUACUCUAAUGUAUUUUUGAGCGUCAAAUAAUAAUGUAAUAAAAGCCUAGUAAUAAUCGAGUAA